UACUCUAUGGCACUGCUUGUGACUGGUGGAAGGUAGCGAGAUCCAAUGUAACAACAUGGAAGGAGUUUGUGUCCACAUUUUUCUCCGCUUUACUGUCAGAAGACUAUGAUGAAUUGGCCGAGCGAGUGCGUACCAGAACUCAAGAGCUGAUGAAAGAACAAGAUGAACCUCUAGAGCUGAAUGAAGUGGAGGAAGAACUUCAGGAUCAGAAACAUCAUGAUUUAACAAUUGGAGAAAAAUCUUUGAGUGACUCAAAGACUAAGAAGAAUUUAUCUCCAAAAAAGCCUCAAAGAAGAGCAGCCAAAAAUAAUUUCACCUGCACUCAAUGUGGAAAGAGUUUCACAUAUAAAAGCCAGUUUAAUACACACAUGAGAGCUCAUACAGGAGAGAGGCCUUACACGUGCCAUCAGUGUGGGACAAGUUUUGCACAUAAACGAAAUCUCAGAUGUCAUCUUCGCCGUCACUCAGGAGAAAGACCAUUUCAAUGUGACAAGUGCGGUAAAACAUUUGUUUUGGCACAAUACCUAAAAAAUCAUCUGAAAACUCACACAAACGAGAAGCCUUACAAAUGUUUUUUUUGUGGAAAAAGUUUUUCAUGCCUGUCCAAUUUUAAAAAGCACCAGAAACUACAUACUGGUGCAGGGGUUCAUAUGUGCUUUGAAUGUGGGAAGAUCUUUACUAAUGCCAGCAACUUGAAACAGCACCAAAGAAUUCAUACUGGAGAAAAACCUUACAAGUGCUCACACUGUGGAGAGCAUUUCACUCAUUCACAACAACUGAAAAUACAUGUGAGAAUUCAUACUGGAGAAACCCCUUACAGGUGCUCACACUGUGGAAAGAGUUUCACUCGGUUAGAAGACCUGAAAAUACACAAGAGAAUUCAUACUGGAGAAAAACCAUUCAAGUGCUCACACUGUGGAAAGCAUUUCACUCAGUCAGAAAACCUGAAAAGGCACGAGAGAAUCCAUACUGGAGAAAAACCAUUCAAGUGCUCACACUGUGAAAAGAGUUUCACUCAGUCAGAAAACCUGAAAAGGCAUGAGAGAAUCCAUACUGGAGAAAAACCAUUCAAGUGCUCACACUGUGGAAAGAGUUUCACUCAGUCAGAAAACCUGAGAAGGCACGAGAGAAUUCAUACUGGAGAAAAACCUUACAAGUGCUCUCACUGUGAAAAGAGUUUCACUCUGUCACAACACCUGAAAAUACACGAGAGAAUUCAUACUGGAGAGAAACCUUUCAAGUCUUCAAACUGUUGAAGGGGUGGGUUUUUGAAAUCCUUUUCGAAUUUGCAAGUUCUACCCUAUCUUUUAUCAUCCUCAUUUAUAUUUUUAUUAUAUGAAUACAUUUUUUGUUUUUCUUUUACUGUAAGAUGCAAGUAACAUAUACACUAUAUGGCCAAAAGUUUGUGGACACCAUAUGUGCUUGAUGAACAUUUGAUUUCAAAACCUUAGGCAUCAAUUUCCCCCUUUGCUGUAAUAACAGCUUCCACUCUUUUGGGAAGGCUUUCCACUAUACUGUAUGUAGUAACAUGGCUGCAGGGAUUUGCUCUCAUUCAGACACAAGGCUAUCAGUGAGGUCAGGAACUGAUGUUGGUCGAUGGGGCCUGACUUACAGUUGCUGUUCCAAUUCACCCCAAAAGUGAUCAGUGGGGUUCAGGUCUGGGCUUUGUGCAGGCCAGUCAAUUUCUUCCAUGCCAGACACAGUAAACCAUUUCUUUAUGGACCUCACUUUGUUCACAGGGGCAUUGUCAUGCUGGAACAGAAAAGAGCUAUCCCCAAACAGUUGCCACAAAUUUGGAAGCACACAAAGCCCAAGCCAUUUCAUAAAGAAACAUUAAGAUUUUUCUUUACUGGAUUUAAUGGAGUAACAAAUUCUUUAAUUAGAAGGGGGUGUCCACAAACUUUUGGCCAUAUAGUAUAUUUGAGUGACUGGAAGGUCUGAUUUGGAUGCCAAAAAUACAAUAAAAGGGAUUAAUUAUUUAGCCUGGCUCCCAGAGUAUAUGCCUUUAUAUUGUACUGCAUUUAUUUACAAACAUAUAUAUCUGUUAUAAUUAUUACAUAAGUAAUCAACUAUUCUAUAACCACGUGAUUCUGUUUUAUACAAUAAUUAUUAAUUGUAUGAGUGAGAGAUGUGAUUUUAUGUUCCCUAUCUGUCACUCACUCGAUGUUGUGUUGAUGUAGUGACACUUGGGGUCACUCUUGGGAGCCCCAAACACCUCUGCUUUUUGAAAAAAGGCCAAUGGGAAUUGGCGAGUGGAAUUUGCAUGCCACUCCCCCAGACAUAUGGGUAUAAAAGGAGCUGGUAUGCAACCACUCAUUCAGAUUUUCUCUUUGGAGCCGAGCGGUUGUGUUCAGCGAGCUGAAUUACUCUGCCGAUCCAUUCACGUCGAAAAGCUGUUGGAUUUAUGGCGCAUUACAGCGGCUUCUCCCCCUCUUGCACUGGUGAAGUGCAGAGAACACCCUGGGCGCUUCAGCAGCUAAAAGAGUAUAUUCUUCCUACUGAAAGAGUAUAUUUUCCCUUCUAAAAGAAUGGCAUUAAUGGAGAGCGUCUUUUUAAAGAUGCCUCUCCGUUUGUGUGUAUUUCCUGGUUGCGGUUGUUACCUCUCCGCUUCUGAAGGCCAUGAUCGCGGUCAUACGUGCUUGGGCGCUGCCCACACAGAGACAGCAUUCGUGGACGGGUCAUGCGAGAGCGUGAUCAUGGCAACGUUGCGGUUGUGGCUUUGCCCAGCAGUUCUCGGCAGUGAAGCAGCAGAUGGAGUCUAUUCAACACAUCCUGCCCCAGCGUAGGUCAAGACCCUGGUGGUCCAGGAACACCACCUUUGGCUCAACCUGGUCGACAUGAGAGAGGCUGACAAGGCACAGUUCUUUGACGCCCCCAUCUCCCAGGUUGGCCUGUUCGGCGACACCAUCGAGGGCUUUGCCCAGCAGUUCUCGGCGGUGAAGCAACAGAUGGAGGCUAUUCAACACAUCCUGCCCCGGUGCGGCUCAAGACCCCGCACCCCGUCUGCUUGUCACCAAGGGCGUCCUCCUGCAGCAACAGCACCAGCUCCGCCACAGCCCGCCCCCAUGGCCCGGCCCUGGCGUGGAGCCCACCACAGGAAGCAGAUGCCACGCGUCUCACGGCUGGCCGCCAAGAACACUAGGAAGGCUUCAAAGAGGCUUCGAAGCACCCCUGAGAUGGGCGAUCCAGGGAGAAGGAAAGUCAGUGACAGUCGGUCAGAGCGCGCACAGUCAGUGCUGAACUGUCUGAAGGUCAUUCAGAUGGAAGACAGCGGUUCCACUGAAACUUUUUCAGAGGCUCCUGGAGCAUAUGGCAUCCUCAGCGGUGGCCACACCACUUGGGUUGAUGCAUAUGAGAUCGCUUCAGCACUGGCUUCAGACUCGAGUCCCAAAAUGGGCAUGGUGCCGCGGGACACAUCGCGUGGUCGUCACGCUGAUCUGUCGACGCCUCUUCAGCCCUUGGACCGACCUGACAUUUCUAUGGGCAGGGGUUCCCUUAGAACAGGUCUCCAGGCGUCGUGGUUAUGACGGUCGCCUCCAAGACGGGCUGGGAUGCCGUAUGCAAUGGGCACGCAGCCGCCGGCUCCUGGACUGGCCCGCGGCUACGUUGGCACAUUAACUGCUUUGAGUUGUUGGCAGUACUGCUCGCCCUGCGGAGACUUCGGCUGUUGAUCCAGGGCAAGCAUGUGUUGGUUCGGACAGACAACACGGCAACGGUGGCAUACAUCAACCGCCAAGGCGGCCUACACUCCCGUUGCUUGUCACAACUCGCCCGCCAUCUCCUCUGGAGUCAGCAGCACCUCAAGUCACUGCGAGCCACUCACAUCACUCAACACCGCAGUGGACGCGCUGUCACAACAGGUUAUGCUCAGCAGAGCGUGGAGACUCCACCCCCAGGUGGUCCAGCUGAUUUGGAGUCAGUUCGGUCGAGCACAGGUAGAUCUGUUUGCUUCCCGGGAUCCUCCCACUGCCCGCUUUGGUAAGCCCUGACCGAGGCACCCCUCGGUAUAGAUGCGCUGGCACACAGCUGGCCCAGGGGCGAGGUCAGGGAGGAUGAGGAGCAGGACGUCCUGGUAGCCCACACAGACAUGGUUCUCGGACCUCACGCUCCUCGUAGGCGGCUGUCCCCCUCCACCUUGAAGGUGUAUGUAGCCGCCAUUUUGGCACAUCACGAUGCAGUUGAUGGUAAGUAUUUGGGGAAGCACGACUUGAUCAACAGAUUCCUGAGAGGCGCUAGGAGGUUGAGUCCCCCCAGACUGCGCCUCAUUCCCUCAUAGGAUCUCUCUGUACUCCUUCGGGGACUACAGGGAGCUCCGUUCGAGCCGUUGGAGUCAGCUGAGUUAAAGGCACUCUCUGAAGACUGCCCUCUUGACUGCGCUCACUUCUAUCAAGAGGGUAGGGGACCUGCAGGCGUUCUCUGUCAAUGAAACGUGGAGUUCAGUCCGGGCUACUCUCACGUGAUCCUGAGACCCCGACCGGGCUAUGUGCCCAAGGUUCCCACAACCCCAUUUAGGGAUCAGGUGGUGAACUUGCAAGCGCUACCCCAGGAGGAGGCAAACCCAGCCUUGGCGAUGCUGUGUCCAGUGCGCGCUUUACGCAUAUAUUUGGAUCGCACGCAGAGCUUUAGAAACUCAGAGCAGCUCUUUGUCUGCUUUGGCGGACAGCAGAAAGGAAGUGCUGUCUCCAAACAUCGCCCAUUGGGUCAUUGACGCCAUCAUGAUGGCAUAUCACGCUCAGCAUGUGCCGCCCCCCGCGGGGCUAUGAGCCCAUUCUACCAGGGGUGUGGCGGCCUCCUGGGCCCUGACCAAUGGCGCCUCUCUAGCAGACAUCUGCAGAGCAGCAGGCUGGGCAACACCCAACACCUUUGCGAGGUUCUACAAUCUCCGGGUUGAGUCAGUUUCGUCCCAUGUUUUGACUCCCAGUAGUGUUCACAAAGUGGUGAUCCCUGGAUGACUUUCCUCCUUAGUCCUGUGGCAGAUGAGUUUGCAGAGAAACUCGCUGCUGGCCCAGUACAUGUGUUAAUUAGGCCCUGUACUGGGAUAGGUGCUCCACAUGUGCUGGUUCCCCGUAGGUGACCCCAUGUGAAAUCUUCCGCUAAAUCAUUUCCCUGUCGGUAUACUGCAUCUUCCUUGGGCAGAGGCCCCUCUGCCCCCAGUCACCAUGUUUGUAGAAACUCCUCCCCCCUCGGGUAGGACCUACCAUGUGACUUCUCCACAUGACAUACUUCCGACAAGACUCGGUAAGACCAUGUGACAUAUUUCCACUCAAAAUAUGUCCUGGUUACUUUCGUAACCUUCGUUCCCUGAUGGAGGGAACGAGACGUUGUGUCCCUCUUGCCACAACACUGAACUACACGCUGAAAUGGCCGGGACCUUGUCUCGGUUCCUUAGCACAAAACCUGAAUGAGUGGUUGCAUACCAGCUCCUUUUAUACCCAUAUGUCCGUUGGAUUGGCAUGCAAAUUCCACUCGCCAAUUCCCAUUGGUCUUUUUUCAAAAAGCAGACGUGUUUGGGGCUCCCAAGAGUGACCCCUAGUGUCACUACAUCGACACAACAUCUCGUUCCCUCCAUCAGGGAACGGAGGUUAUGAAAGUAACCAGAACGUUCUUUAAUGUGAUAUUGUACUAAGUUUUGUUUGGCCUUGUGUAUGUUUUCUGUGUUUUCUCUCUACUUGCUCACUGUACUAAGAUUCCACAGGUAGCAGAGGAUCUGAAUUCCAUAAAAGAUAAGGUCAAUGUUUGGACUUUGUUUAUAGUGACCUAUGUGACUGCUAUAGUCAAAACCCUCAAGAAAUUUUUAUUGCAUUUUUUUGAUAACUUCUGGAUUGAGUUAUUAUGGCUUCAAAGUUAAUGUGUGCACGAAGGUGGAAGUAGCCAUAUUUGUAAAAUGCUAAGAUGUUUGAAGUCAGUGGCCUAUCAGACUCUCAGCAAAUGAUGUACUGCUAUACCUCUAAAUUCAAUUUGCAUAUUACUAUAAUUGCUUGUGACUGUUUUUGACUGGGUGGCUUAUUCUUGCUUAUUCUGCUUCCUCUUUUUCUUCUGUUUCUUCUGUAUUGUUGUACCAGUUUAUUUCAUUGACUUGUGAUGGAGUUGGAAUGCAGAGAACAAUAAGUAAACUCUCUCUCUCAAUUAAUUUCAAA